AUGUGGGACUACAAGUCACUUGAUCCUGCUGAUAUACUUGAGAGACUGAACACUCAUGAAUUACAACUAGCUAAAAAGAGAGACCUCUACGGGCCAAGCUAUGGAAGAUCACAUGCACUGAAUGCCAAGGCAGUCUCCUCGUAUGAAGGGGAAGAUUCCGACAGCAGCAUUGGUGAUCCUGAAGAACUAAGUCAGGAGCUAACAAUGCUCAUGAGAAAAUUCCAAAAGUUCUCAAGAUGUGGUCACUUUGGAAAAUCUUCGAGAGGUGAUGACAUGAGAUCAGAUUCCUCAUCCCGUGAUGACAAGAAGAGAACUUGCCACAAAUGCAGGAAAACUGGUCACUACAUAACUGAUUGUCCUCAGUGGGCGAAGGAAUCAAAGAAGAAGAAGAAGUUCAAGGAUGAUAGUUCAGACGACUCAAAGAAGAAGAAGAAAUGUUCAAAGUCCUCAUCGUCUAAAUCUUCAAAGUCUUCGUCUCACAAGAAUAGCAGUUCCAAAAAGGCUUGGGCAUUCAUUGGCAAGGAAAUGGACUCUGAAGCUGAAUCUGAGGAAAAUGAGGAAGAGGAGGAAUCCGAGGAGUCAGAAUCUGGUGUGGCGAGCCUAGCCCUUGCUACUGCUUUCGUCACCAAGUCCAUCUUCAACACUGAGGAAAAUGACUUCCCUAACACCGUUGACGACGGUGUCGAUGACUUUGCUCCCACCUAUUGCUUCAUGGAAAAAGGUGCCAAGGUACUCAAACAUCCCUCCUCUAAAUUAAGUGAGGAUGGAUCUGAUGAAAAUCUCAAACCUAGUUAUUCCGAACUUGCUAAGAUUGCCGUCAAACAACAAAAGGCUUUUGAAAAGGUUCAAAAUCUGCUGGACAAAAGCGAUGACCUAUUGGGUGAGGAAAUGGAUCGAACUCAAACUGAUAAUCUUCAGCAACUACAGACUAAUUUUGAUAACCUUUAG